CACCCCUCCAGUUUCCCACCCAGCCCUUGAUUUCAAUAGUCACUGCUACAAGUAACGAAUGCACUGUGAAGAUUCCAGUAUUAAUAAAGGUUGUACUGUAAUUAAUAGCCUCGCCCUUGGUGGUCUAUGAGGACUGGAGGGUCGUGGUCCCUCUGUGGUUGAACCCAACAGUAUUGUUGGGCGGUUCCACCAGGAGAAACCACGGGUGGUGGGAUCCCAUCGCAACGUGACAUCUCUGCUCCCUCCCUGGGGUUUUGACAUCGUCACCAGCACCGCCCCGAUAAUUAUGGGCUGAUUUCCCAACGGUGUGGGGGUGGCUGCCCUGCCCAACCCAUUGUGGCAUGGAGGGGCCGAGCGCCCGCAGCGUGCUGGUGACGGGCUGCGAUGGGGGCAUGGGGCUGGGGCUGCUCAAACGCUUCCUGGAGCUGCCCACCCCACCGCUGCGGCUCUUCGCAGCCUGCACCGACCCCGAUGGGAAGGCUCUCAAUGAGAUGGCGUUGUGCAACCCCAGCAUCGUGAUCCUGCCUCUAGAUGUGACAGACCCCAACAGCAUCCAGGCUGCGGUGGGCAGGGUGCAGGAGGAGCUGCGUGGUUCUGGCCUCAACCUCCUGAUCAACAGCGCCGGGGCCAGGCGGCACAGCACUCUGGCCACCGAGACAGCUGAAAACAUGGCCCUCAUCUACGCCACCAACACCAUCGGGCCCCUGCAGACCAGCCAGGCGUUCAUGCCUCUGCUGAAGGAAGCUGCAGAGGCACACAGUGGGCAGGGGUUGAGCUGUGGCAGAGCAGCCAUCAUCAACAUCUCCAGCGUCCUGGGCUCCAUCGAGGUGGUGGAGGCAUGGGGUGAGAGGCAGGACGUGUCCUACCGCUGCAGCAAGGCUGCUCUCAACAUGCUCACCAAGUGCCUGGCUCUGGAGUAUGGUGACAGUGGGAUCCUCUGCGUGUCCGUGGAUCCUGGCUGUGUGGUACCGCGCCCAGGAGAUGGGAUGGGACCAGUGACGUUGGAAGAGAGCACCCAAGGCGUCCUGCAAGUCCUUGCCAACCUCUCCACCAACAGCAAUGGCACCUUCUGGGACUGGAAGGGACAGAGACUGCCAUGGUGA